UCUCUUCCCCCAUCUACCUUACCACCCCCCCCCCCGUUCCCCUCCCCCAAGAAGGGACUGGAAGAAACAGAGAGCUAUGGAAGUCCACGCAGCAAGAGGGAAAAGACAGGAGAAGGUAGACACCCCUGUGCAUCUUGAGUAUUAGUCAGAGAGGUACAAAGCCAGGGGACCGGCUGCAGCCUCAUGGGAUUAUCCUGAAAAGAUAACAUCAGCUGUAGGAGCACACAAGGGGGGAAAUGAUCAAUCAAUGAUCUGCGCUAACUCUGAAGAGUUAUCCUGCAGCCUGUGUUAUGCAACAUUUCUUGACAGCUUCUACGGGAAAGGAAAGAUGAACACAGAGGAUGUUGGGAAUGAGACCUCUCCAACACCUAGUAUCCUUGGAUUUCUUGUAACCACCACCAAGUUGGUCCCACUAAGUCCUGUGCCCCCAGGGGAGAAGCCAGACCCUUUGCCUAUUAUCAUUGCACUCAUCUGCAUCUUUGUCCUCCUGGCUACCUGUCUCAUCUUCAUCACUCUCUGCAAACCAGCAGCACUCGACCAGGCCUGCUAUGGGCCACAUGAGUGCAUGCCCUACCACCCAGAGGAUGCCAGUGAACCGCAGCUAAGGUUCUGGAAGCGACUGGGCUCCCUAAGGCGUUCCAUAAACAGCUUCAGGCGGACCCAGCCUGUCUCCCAGUGCCAUCGGACCUGCUCACGGAUGCCACCAGCCACCCAGGAUUGGGACUUCAUGGAGUCCACUAAAAUGUGAUAGCUGUUUCUCCACUAUUCUGCUGCAAAAACCAACUCACCUCAUUGCACAAACACCCCAUUCACUGCUGUCAAUGAGAUCUCAAAUCGUCCAAUACCACUCUGCGGAGCACAGAGUCAGGACAGAGACCUUGGGAGAGUAGAGUGGCAGCGAUUCCCGUACCUACGGAAAUCUCUAAAGGAGUCCCACAGCCCACAAUGUGACAGCAUGAAGUUUGUAAAGACCGGCUGAUGGAACCAGAUUACACCAAUGUGGCACUGUUUCUUGGGGCCCUACAAUCUGGAACUAACCAGCAAUGAGUGACAUAAGACCAGCAACAUCUGCUACGGAUACCAUUUGACAGAAGGCACCACUAAUUCUAAAGCUCCUUGGAAAGUGUCUCCGUGGGGCUAAGGUGUCUAUUUCUCCAAGUUUUGGUAGUUUGAAGUUUUCCUCCAUCUCUGACUAUAAAGACCAAGGGGUGCCCAUGCUGAUAUUAAAAUAGCUGCCCUCUUUUCACAAACAAAAGCAUUAGGGUAUGUCUACACAUAACCCACAACAGUGGCACUGCUGCACGUCUGCAGUUGCAUUCCUGUAGGGAUUCAGUGAAGACACUACCUAGAACAACAGGAGGGGCUCUCCCAUUAGCGUAAGUACUAUGCCUCCCAGAGUGGCAGUAGGUAGAUUGACGGGAGAAUUCUGUUGACCCAGUGCUGUCUAGGGUCAGGGGGUACAUCGGUUUAACUGUCACUCAAGGGUAUGGAUUUUUCACACCCCUGAGCAACAUAGUUAUACCAACCUAAUUUCCUAGUGUAGACCAGGCCUUAGCCAUUACAGCUCUUAGUUCAUGGAGAAUAGAAGCUUUCAUAGGUUUUGCCAAAAUCAGAUAAAAACCCCAAACGCACCUGUAGGACCAUGUACUUCUUCAUACAUAAAACAGCUCUCUACGUUAGGUGUGGCACCGUGGCUAAGUGGCCAUGUUCAGUUCACUGUAUAUACCCUGAGCCAGUAUAGAUGAAGGGAAGAAGACCCAGUGCAAGGCACUGCAUUGAAUUUGCAAGGAGGUGACGGGAGGAAGUGCCUUGCAGGUGUUGUGUUCAGACCAGAUCUCCCUUCAAACAUUCAGCAAUGGCUGAUUCAGGAGUGGCACUUGGGCAGCUACCAUUUUAAAGUUUGUUCUCUGGGACAAACAGGUCAUGGCCUGAUGCUGAGCCACAGUGUCACGUACCCCCACCCCCACCAAUGCCACCCUGCAGUGCUGUGAUACAUCACUGCCAUCUUGGGUAAGAACAUAACAUGCUGACGUUGUGUCAGUCUGGAUGUUUUCAAGAAAACAAUAAUGUGCCUCAAUCCUCACUUGCAACACGUGUGCCAUUUUAAAAAAAGGACAUACAAGCUGGGCUCCAAAGGAUGCUGUUUGAUCUCGCUUUGCGGUGGAUGGCCCCUGGGCUUUGUGAGGGAGAAGACAAAGAGAGGAAAAAACUAAUGGGGACACUGGAUCCCUCUCUAGAUCACAGAGAAUAGGGAGCUCAUUAACCCCCCUCCCCCCCCCAAAUACACCAAAUUAAAACAUUUUCUUGAGGGCUCACUUAUUUGCACCAUCUGCUUUAAGCACUAGCCUUUAAUACUAGUAAGAAAAGUGAAAUAAAUGCUAUUCUAAGCAUUCCUGCUGGAGGCCUUGAGAAUUUCUAACACUAGGGUCUGUGGGAUCUUUUGUCUUUUAACCACUAACAAUGCCUCUU